AUGGGAAGUGCAUCAAUGGCUUCAACUUUGGUUGGAAGGCUGGAAGGUAAGGUAGCACUAAUCACCGGUGCAGCUACUGGAAUCGGCGAGUCAACCGCCAGACUGUUUGUCAAACACGGAGCUAAAGUUCUGGUUGCUGACAUCAAUGAUGAAUUGGGAGAGAAGGUAUGCAAGGAAUUGGGACCGUCAUUAGCCUUUUUUGUCCAUUGUGAUGUAACUAAUGAAUCCGAUGUAGAAGCUGCAGUUAACACAGCAGUGGCCAAGCUGCAAGGUAAGGUAGCACUAAUCACCGGUGCAGCUACUGGAAUCGGCGAGUCAACUGCCAGACUGUUUGUCAAACACGGAGCUAAAGUUCUGGUUGCUGACAUCAAUGAUGAAUCGGGAGAGCAGGUAUGCAAGGAAUUGGGACCAUCAUCAGCCUUUUUUGUCCAUUGUGAUGUAACUAAUGAAUCCGAUGUAGAAGCUGCAGUUAACACAGCAGUGGCCAAGUUUGGGAAAUUAGAUAUAAUGUACAAUAAUGCUGGUAUAGGAGGGAUACCAAAUCCAAGCAUUCUUGAAAUCGAACAAUCAGAGUUCGAAAAGAUUAUUAACGUAAACCUUGUGGGUGCAUUUUUGGGUGCUAAACACGCCGCCCGUGUUAUGAUCCCAAAUCGUCGUGGGAACAUAAUCACAACAGCAAGUACUUGUUCGAAAAUAGGUGGUGGUUCUUCACACAAUUAUGUAAGUUCAAAACAUGGGGUGGUAGGACUCACAAAGAAUUUGGCUGUGGAGCUUGGACAACAUGGCAUUCGAGUAAACUGCGUGUCACCACACGUAGUUCCUACGCGUCAAUCAAAGGAAUUCUACAAAAUGGACGAUGAGGGAUUCCGUGGUGUAUAUUCCGUCCUCAAAGGUGUUUAUCUUCAGCCAGAGGAUGUGGCCGAAGCUGUUUUGUUCUUGGCAAGUGAUGAGUCGAAGUGCGUGCAUGGACACAACCUUUUUGUUGAUGGAGGCGUCACAAUUGCGAAUUCCAAGUUUUCCAUGUUUGAGUAA